CUAGGAACAGCCCAUGCCUCAAAUACAAAACAGUGGUAGAUUCUGGAACAUCUAUGAACUUGCUCUCUGAUGAGCACUAAGUGCCCACCUGCUUGAUGAACACCUUCUGGCAGUGCAGACACCCUUUACAGUGUAAUUGAGGCGCUCCCGCUUUACUCAAGGAUCUAGAGGAACAUUGUGAAUCGUGCUUGCCACUGAUUUUCACAAGGAGGUCGUUGAGACGAGCUUAGCCUUCGUAGCUGAGGUUCUGUGCCUUGAUAUCUCACCGUACGCCACCUUCCUUCCAUUUUUCAACUGGAGACGAACAAUUGACCCUAGUCAAUCCAAGGGUCGCUGGCCCCAGGAUGGCUGCGGGUCCUAGCUCGGGGCCAGUGCCUACACAAGAGCUGGCAAUAGACCGCUCUGUGCACCGCUCGGGCAUUGUGCCAACGCUGCAGAAUAUCGUAGCAACAGUCAACCUGGAUUGCAAGCUGGACUUGAAAACCAUUGCACAGAAGGCACGAAAUGCUGAGUACAAUCCAAAGAGGUUUGCAGCGGUGAUCAUGCGAAUACGAGAUCCAAAGACCACUGCCUUAGUGUUUGCUUCUGGCAAAAUGGUCUGCACUGGUGCAAAGAGUGAGGAGCACGCAAGGACUGCUGCAAGGAAGUAUGCUAAAAUCAUCCAGAAGCUGGACUUCCCUGCCACGUUCAAGGACUUCAAGAUCCAGAACAUCGUGGGAUCCUGCGAUGUGAAGUUCCCCAUUCGACUGGAGGGCCUGAAUUACAGCCAUGGAAUGUUCUCCAGCUACGAGCCAGAGCUGUUUCCAGGUCUGAUCUACAGAAUGAAGGAGCCCAAGGUGGUGCUGCUCAUCUUUGUGUCGGGCAAGGUUGUGCUGACAGGUGGCAAGAAGCGGGAGGACAUCUAUGAGGCAUUCGAGUCCAUCUAUCCAGUGCUGCAGGAGUUCAGGAAGGGGGAAGCGGUGCCAAGCGCACCGGCCCUGCCCUCCACGGCCCCUGCCCGAGCCCUACCUGCUGCUCCCGGAAGCACUGUACAGCUGGGACUGCCAGCACCUCAGCUGCAGCUGGCUGGGCCAUCAACAUGAUGGUGCAUGCUGCAAGUGCAUGGCGGUUGUUAGCUGAGAGAUCUAGCAUGCAAUGGCUGCGUGAGUGCGUGCGACAAGCAUAAUGGAGCCAUCUUGUUUGUCAAUUAAUUGUGCUGUUUGAUAUGCAUGGGGGCCUUGCUAAGUACAUACACAGUAUGUCUUGCGUGAAACGAUGGCGAAUGCCGGAUCUGCACAUGUAGGGAAGAAAUAAUGUUCUGUACACAUGUGCGUAUCCCCGUGUAAUGCGUAUCCACGACAUAUAUGCGUAUGUCCCUCGGCCCCGGCUGGCGGUAUAAAUACUGAGCACGGUGCCCACAGUUGAUUGGGUCUUGGAUCUGGUUGGAUCUUGCGAGUCCAUAAAGGGGUAGGAUUUUGGCAGCCUUUACUGCAGCUUGUCUGCAGACGCACCUUGCUUCUGGCAGGAAAAGCGUGUAAUAAUAAAUA